GGAAGGAGGCGCGCGCGCGGCGGGGCCGGUGCGCAGGGCGGCGGGCGAGCUCCGGCUGCCAGCGCCGGACCGGCCGGGGCCAUGGACGGCCUGCGCCAGCGCUUCGAGAGUCUUCUGGAACAGAGGAACCCGGUCACCAAUGCGCUCCGGGCGCUCGAAGCCAGGACGGGGGUCGAGAAGCGCUAUCUAGCGGCAGGAGCCGGCACUCUGCUAAGCCUCUAUCUUCUGUUUGGCUACGGAGCUUCUCUGCUGUGCAAUGUCAUCGGAUUUGCAUACCCCGCAUAUGCUUCAAUCAAAGCCAUCGAAAGCCCCAGCAAAGACGACGACACUGUGUGGCUGACCUACUGGGUGGUGUACGCCCUGUUCGGGCUGGUCGAGUUCUUCAGCGACCUACUCCUGUUCUGGUUCCCUUUCUACUACGUGGGAAAGUGCGCCUUCCUGUUGUUCUGCAUGAUGCCCGGGCCGUGGAACGGGGCUCUCAUGCUAUACCACCGCGUCGUGCGACCACUAUUUCUAAAACAUCACACGGCCGUGGACAGCGUCCUGAGCAAGCUCAGCGGGCAAGCCUUGGACACAGCGGCCGGAGUAACCAGGGGCGUCAAGGCAAACCUGACCCCACUGCAGAAGGACAAGUGAAGACGCCCCCCAGCCCUGCCCAGGAC